AUCCGAAUUUGAUCCGUUUCGUUCUUGACGUAAUAAUUUUAAUCGAUGGUUCCGCCGUCUACCCGAAACCCGAUAGUUAACACGGCGGUAUGUCUGAUUCGUCUCGCUUUCUCUUCCUUCCUACCAUAACCACCUGCUCCGAUCUCCUUCGAAGAGAUGGGCUUGCUCGCAAGAGAGAAGGAUCUGCUUCCCCAUCUUCUCCGGUUCUUUUUCUAAAGCGAUGAGCAGGAUUAAGGGAUUUCAAGCUUUUUUUGGCUCACUAAUUCUGGGAACAUAUACUCAGGCAGUGAACUGAAGAAUUGGCACGGUGCAGUGCAGUUGGUAUGCAGCAAUAUUUGAAACAUUGGCUGCCUUUCAUUAAAGAGUAGUUUGAGUAACUUAUAUCAUCCGAUUUUGAUAAUGAUGAUAGUUUGGGAAGCAAAGGCAGGGAUGGAAGUCGUACCUGUUUUCAUAACGGUUGAUCCUGAGAGAGAUAAUGUUGAACAAGUAUGUGAAUGUGUGAAAGAAUUUCACCCAGACUUAAUAGGCUUGACUGGUACAGCAGAUGAGACUAGACCAGUUGCUCAUGCUUUUCGAGUCUAUUACAUGAAGACGGAGCAGGAGGGUGUCAUGCUGCAUUUUUGUCGGAGACAAGCCAAGGUGCGAAUACAGCGUAUGAGGUUUACCGCUAAUGUAGGAUCUCAAGGGGAUCAGCCUCCUUUGUAUAUAGAGGAGCUGUUCCCACGACGUGAAGACACUGGCAUGGACAGGGUCACAGGGUAUUGUUGGCUGAUUCAACUAUGAGCAUUUUGAAAGUAGUUUCUUCCAUGAUCAUUUCUGCCUCAACUUGAGUGGUAUUACUGAAUCUUCCAAAACAAGUUACAUGAUGACGUCAGGACCAUAAAAGAAGAGUUUGUGAAUGGUCCUACAUAUGUCAUAAAUUUUAUGGUCCUUUUUGUCCAUUCAGUAUUAGCAUGAUUCAUAGAGACAUUUAAUAUAAUCGCUUUUAGUGUGACCUUCUGUCUUGUAUUUUGCAAUUUCAAGACCCAGAUAUUUGAAUGCAUCUCUAGGUCUGCAUCUUUACAUAUAAAAUUCUGUUUGAUUUUGAUGCAUACAUGCUGAUUACUCUGCUUGAAGUUGUAUUGUUUACUGAAAUCACUUCUUGUAGUGGGCUGAAGCUUGUAAGCUGUCAUAGAUCUUUUAAACAUGUUCUGGCAAUUAGAUCCAUUGUACUGAUUUUUUUGUUCUGAACAGCUUGCAGGUGCUUGAUGAACCCAAACAUGGAGCUCGUCAAAUUUUUUGGCAAGAAUUAUGAUGCUGAUGCACGUGCAGAAGGUGUGGUCAAAGAGAUCAAAGCAUGCACAUGAUAGAUACAAUGGCAUUCUUUUGCUAUCCAAAACUCAACUUAUUUGUGAAUUAAUCAUUAAUGCAUUCAUUCAUGUGUUAGGCAUCAUAGUUCUACGGCAACCAUGUUUCUCGGUGUGAUUUUGAGUUGGUAAUAAGCUGUAGGACUGUACAAAAGUAUUGUUUCAUAAGCAUCCUCUUCUAACUCAUACAGAGAGUUCGAACUCACAUGCAUAAGAGUAUUCCCA